GGGAGGGAGCAGUAGAGGCGGAUCCGCGGCGCAUUAAAAACUGACCCGCUUUCAAACCCGCACACCCUUCAGCUCCACACCCGCGCGCUCACCUCCGCAGCUCCGCCGCCUGUCCGCCAGCGACCCCCCGCCAUGGAGACCAACUACAUCCACGUACCGGAGGGCGCUCCCGCCGUGCCCAAACUCAACGUGAGCGUAGACGAUCACGACUACAGACCGGGAGCGCUGCGGCUGAUCGAGGAGCUCCGACCCCACUGGAAACCAGCGGAGGUCAAAAUGAAGUCUUUUACAGAUGGCAUUACGAACAAGCUGAUUGGCUGCUAUGUGGGCGAGGCCCUGCAGGACGUGGUCUUGGUGCGGAUCUACGGGAACAAGACGGAGCUGUUUGUGGACCGUGAGAACGAAGUGAAGAGCUUCCGGGUCCUGCAGGCCCACCGCUGCGCCCCGCGGCUCUACUGCACCUUCAACAACGGCCUCUGCUACGAGUUCCUGCAGGGCAUGGCCCUGGAGCCCGAGCACAUCCGCAGCCCUGCGCUGUUCAGGCUAAUCGCACGACAGCUGGCGAAAUAUCACGCCAUCCACGCUCACAACGGCUGGGUCCCUAAAUCAGACCUGUGGCUGAAAAUGGCCAAGUUCCUCUCGCUGGUCCCGACGUACUUCCAGGAUCCUGAGAUGAAUGAGAGGCUGAGCAGUGAAGUGCCGAGUGUGUCGUGUCUGAGAGAGGAGCUGGUCUGGCUGAGGCAGAACCUCUCUGAGCUGGGUUCACCCGUCGUUCUCUGUCACAACGACCUCCUGUGUAAGAACAUCAUCUACCGGCAGGCAGGAGGAAAUGUCAAAUUCAUUGACUACGAAUAUGCUGGGUACAAUUACCAAGCCUAUGACAUUGGGAACCACUUCAACGAAUUUGCAGGUCUGAAUGAAGUGGACUACAGUCUUUAUCCAGAGCGGAGGCUACAGCUGCAGUGGCUGAGGGCGUAUCUGGAGGCGUAUAAGGAAUAUAAGAAUCAGGGCGCUGACGUCUCCAGUGAUGAGGUGGAGGUUCUGUACGUGCAGGUCAACCGAUUUGCUCUGGCAUCUCACUUCUUCUGGGGCAUGUGGGCCUUGAUUCAGGCUCAGUACUCCACCAUCGACUUCGAUUUUCUGGGAUAUGCAGUUCUUCGCUUUAACCAGUACUUCAAGAUGAAACCAGAGGUCACAGCGCUGAACUUUCCAGAAUAGUCCCCCCCUCGGCUCACAGUCCGUGCUCCUCCUCUCCAGAGAAGGGCUCCCUCUAGUGGAUGUGGGCAGUUCCAACAGAGCUCUUCUGUCUGUGGAUACGAUGCUGCACUUACUAGACUGAUCACUUCAACCUAGUGAACCCCAGAACCAUCUCUCUGUUCAGUACCUCCUCAGAUCUCUUUAGUUUUGUUGAUGAACCGAGCGAGCCGCGGCUCUUCACCUUAAUGUCCUACAUAAUCGAAGGUCGUUAGUCCCUCCUGAGACUCCACCAGGCCGGGACACAAGCUAAGGGAUAACAUCAGUAGUGGUGUUCGGUUUUACUUAAUUUCUCAUUUCAAAGCCUUUACUGACUGCCUGUAUUGUACAGGAUUUGGACCAACAUAUCUAACCCGACCCUCAACCCUCUAUUUUCAACCCUAAUCCAUCCUCCCUCUAAUCUUAAUCUUCAAUCCUCUACUUUCAAUCCUUAACUCUCUGCCCUCAACCCUUUGCCCUCAACCAUCUACCAUCGUUCCUCUACCUUCUACCUUCAACUAUCAAGCCUCUAAUCUAAAGCCUUUACCUUCUAUUUUCAAUCCUCUUUCUUCUAUUCUUAAUCCUCUACCAUCUACUCUCAACCAUCAACCCUCUACCAUCUAUCCUCAACCCUCUACCCUCAAUUCCUUUGCCUUCUACUCUUAUCAACCCUCUAUCCUCAACCUUCUACUCUCAAUCCUUAAUCCUCUACCCUCAACUCUCCACCAUCUAUCCUCAAACCUCUAUCAUCAACCCUCUAACCUCAAUUCCUUUGCCUUCUACUCUCAACCAUCAACCCUCUACCUCCAGCUCUCAACCCUCACAGUGAGACCCUCUAUCCUCAAUCCUCAACUCUCAACCAUCAACCCUCAACCCUCUACCUUCAACUCUCAACCAUCAACCCUCUACCUUCAACUCUCAACCCUCACAGUGAGACCAUCUAUCCUCAACCCUCUACCAUCUACCCUCAACCCUCUACCAUCUAACCUCAACCCUCUACCUUUUACUCUCAAUCCUCUACCAUCUACUCUCAUUCCUCUACCUUUUACUCUCAACCUUUUACCUUCUACUCUCACCCCUUAAUCCUCUACCCUCAAUCCUCUACUUUUAACUGUAAACCUCUCACAGUGAGACCAUCUAUCCUCAAUCCUCUACCUACCAUCUAUCCUCAUUCCUCUACCGUUUAUCCUCAAUCCUCUACCAUCUACCCUUAAAUAAUCAACUCUCUGCACUUAACCCUCUAACUUCAACUCUCGACAAUCAACCCUCUACCCUCAACUCUCUUCCCUCAACCAUUUAUCGUCAAUCCUCUACCUUCAACACUCAACUGUCAACCCUCUACCAUCUACGCUAAACUUUCUACCCUCAACCCUCUGACCUUCAACUCUCUUUCCUCUACCAUCAGUCCUCUACCCUUUACCAUUUACCCUCAAUCCUCCUCCAUCAAUCCUCCACCAUCAACUCUCUCCCCGAGACCUGAGAACUGAGACCCGAGCCCGACUCAGGCUUCGUUUUCUCUUCCCAGAAAAUCCUCAUUUAAACAGAAGCGUGGUGUUCUGAGUGCUGGGGCGUCGUACCUCACCACUCCACUCUCUGUAACCUCUAAGUUUUUACUGUUUGUUUACACAUAGUGUUUAAAGAUGCAGCUUUAAGUUAAAAUAGUUCGUAAUAGUUUUACUGUAAGAUGCAGCAACACGGGCGUGUGCUACCUGCAGAGCUUUGGGCCUUCCACUCUUUCACUCUGUGAUUCAGGGACCAAUGGGAUCUUAGUUGAGCUUGGUUUCUUCGUUUCUGGCUGUUUCCCGCCCGUUCAUCCCGUCACUGUGAAUCACUCGUCUGUGCAAGAAGGUGCUUUAGAGAAGAGGCGGCUAUAUUUUUGUACAGAGACCCAGUUUCUAUUACUUUUACGGUAAAAGCCUACACCAAAGUGCUUAGAAGAGAAUGCACCUUUGUAUUUUUACCUAUUGUAAAAAGAAAAAGGCAUUUUUUAUAGCAUUUUUUUUGUGGAACUGUUUUGAAGAGGUUUGCUUGCACGUUAGAUGUGAAGUAAAGGUGAAUUACUUGUGAUUAAAGAGUCGUUUGGCUGAAUGCCUUAAAGAGCAGACUAGCUGCUGUGGACAGUCCACCACCAUGCCAGACCUCACAAUCCUCUCUUAAAUGAGCUCAAACUCAAAGUGCAAUGACAGAUUGUGUGUUUUGUUUGGAUUAAUCCAAUUAGCCACAGUUUUGAAAUUAGUUUAAGACUAAACUUGCACUAUAAAAUAAGAUUAGAUUUUAUUUGUCUAAUUAAAAAUUAGGCUUUUUUUCCUGGUCUUAAAGACCGUCCCCAUGCGCUUGCCUUCGGUUAUAGUUGGUUUUAGGUUUCUCUGCACAUCUUUCUUAUUUUUUGUUUUUUACCAUUUUCUUCUUCUUUCUAUCUGCUUGGGCACAUCAGGGCGGACCGUGAUGCUCAUAUAGAUACUGUGAAAUAUAAAUACACACAUAUAUAUAUAUAUAUAUAUGUAUAAAUAUACAUUUCACUCAAGUGUUUCUUAGAAGUAAGAAUUGGACGACAUUCUCAAUCAUCCUUUCAUUAACUACACAGUUUUAAAAAAUUAAAAAUAAAAACGAUGGAUGUCUCAAUCCAUCAAAUCUCUAUGAAACUGAACAUUUAAUCACAUUAUGCGGAAAAAAAUAAAAAAACAGUUUUCAUCUCGUGCUAAAAACUGAUGAUAACGUGCUUCAGAAGAACAUGUUUUAUAUACUGUAAGUUAGUACCCAUGCAGGCGUCCACUACCAGAUGUAGUAAAUGUGUAUAUAUUUAAACACAUACUGUAAUGUUUCUGAUUGUGGCGGUUGAGUUACUGUACAUAAGGGGAGAUUUUCUUUUUUGUAAAGAAAACGAAUCAUUAACCUCUAAUAAACAAUACGUUUGAUUGUAAGGUUGUGUUUAGAUACUGUAUUAACAUCAUAUGAAUGGAAAUAAAAGCUGUAAAAGUACCGUUAA